AUGGCCACCCAGAUCCCCGCCAAAUUCGACAUCAAUACCGCGUACCGGAUGAACUCAGGUUACGAGAUUCCAGCUCUGGGCUAUGGAGUGUAUCAAACCCCUGCCGCAUCGUGCGAAGAGGUUACACUCCAUGCCUUCCGCACCGGUUAUCGACACGUGGAUUCCGCACGCGCCUAUCGUAAUGAGCAGUCGUGUGCCGACGCCAUUCGCAAUUCUGGUUUGAAGCGAGAAGAGAUCUUUUUCACCAGCAAAGUCCCGCCGAGAAGCAUGGGCUACGAGGGGGCAAAGAAGUCGAUCGAAUCAUCCUUCAUUCAAACCGGCCUGGACUACAUUGACCUUUACCUCAUCCACUCUCCGUACGGCGGCAAAGAAGCUCGCUGCGGUGCGUGGAAAGCGCUUGCAGAAGCUCAGAAAGCCGGUAAAAUUCGAUCUAUUGGCGUCUCCAACUAUGGAGUACACCACCUCGAUGAAUUGGAAGAGUACGUCAAGACCUCGGAUGUCGGCGGCACGAUUGACGUCGGCCAGUGGGAAAUUCAUCCGUGGCUUCCGCGCAACGAUAUCGUGGAAUGGGCCCGCAAGCGGAACGUCGUUGUUGAAGCAUAUUGCCCCAUUGUCCGCGGUCAGCGUUCCAACGAACCGGUUUUGAAACAGCUCGGUGAGAAACACGGAAAGACGUGGGCUCAGAUACUGCUUAGAUGGAGCUUGCAAAAACGUUUUGUACCUUUGCCGAAGAGUGUCACUCCAGCUAGAAUCGAGGAGAAUGCCGCCAUCUACGACUUCCAGCUUGAUGACGAAGAUAUGAAAAGCCUCGAUUUCCCCGAUUCAUAUGCUCCCUGUAGCUGGGAUCCAACCACUAGCGACGACUAG